AUGCGCCCACCCGGCCGCCGCGGGGUCCCCACGGCGCCCCCCGCGCUGCUGCUGCUGCUGCCACUGCUGCUGCCGCUGCUCGUGCCGCUGCUGGGGGCGCUGCGCGGCGUGGGCGCGGGGCCGGGCGCGCCGGCCGAGCUGCGGGUCCGCGUGCGGCUGCCUGACGGCCAGGUCACCGAGGAGAGCCUGCAGGCGGACAGCGACGCCGACAGCAUCAGCCUCGAGCUGCGCAAGCCCGACGGCACCCUCGUCUCCUUCAUCGCCGACUUCAAGAAGGAUGUGAAGAUCUUCCGAGCCCUGAUCCUGGGGGAACUGGAGAAGGGGCAGAGUCAGUUCCAGGCACUCUGCUUUGUCACCCGGCUGCACCACAAUGAGAUCAUCCCCAGUGAGGCCAUGGCCAAGCUUCGACAGAAGAAUCCACAGGCGGUGAGGCAGGCGGAGGAGGUGCGGGGCCUGGAGCACUUGCACAUGGACGUCGCCGUCAACUUCAGCCAGGGGGGCCUGCUGAGUCCCCAUCUCCACAAUGUGUGUGCCGAGGCCACUGAUAGCAUCUACACCCGCCAGGAGGACGUCCGGUUCUGGCUGGAGCAAGGUGUGGACAGCUCCGUGUUUGAGGCUCUGCCCGAGGCCUCGGAGCCGAUGCACUGCGGGCAGGUGGCGGACGGCGGGAAGCCGUGUGUCUGUCGCUACGGCCUGAGCCUGGCCUGGUACCCCUGCCUGCUCAAAUACUGCCACAGCCGCGACCGGCCGGCCCCCUACAAGUGCGGCAUCCGCAGCUGCCAGAAGAGCUACACUUUCGACUUCUAUGUGCCCCAGAAGCAGCUGUGUCUCUGGGACGAGGAGCCCUAGCCGGGGCCGGGGCGCAGGCGGUGGUCCUUGACGUAG